ACUGCAUGUACACUACUCGAGUGCCCAGACUCGACUAGUCUCCAAAUCUACUGCACAUGCGCCGACUACUUGAACCUCUCCCUCCCACCACCUCGUCGUGCUUUUCUGUCUCUCCUAUCUCCAAGUCGUCAACUAUUUCUUCUCCUUCAUCAAGUAUUUAACCGGAACACUCUCCCAGAGUUUCGAGUUUGUGUUCUAUUCCAGCCUUGCUCUCUUCUCUCUUCAGUUCUUGUCUCUUCUUAUAUACCCCCCACCACCGUACCCCACUUCUCCAUUAGCUUCUGUCACAAUGUCUUCCAACGUCUUUGUUGAGCUCAAGACGCCGAUUACCGGCACCUAUAAGCAGCCCACCGGCUUGUUCAUCAACAACGAGUUCGUCGAGGGUGUCGACAAGAAGACCUUCGAGGUCAUCAACCCCGCUACCGAGGAGGUCAUCUGCUCCGUCCACGAGGCCACCGAGAAGGAUGUCGAUAUCGCUGUCGCCGCUGCCCGCAAGGCUUUCGAGGGUGUCUGGCGCGACGUCACUCCCCAGCAGCGUGGCAUCUACCUCCUCAAGCUCGCCGACCUGCUCGAGAAAAACCUCGACCUCCUUGCCGCUGUUGAGUCUCUCGACAAUGGCAAGUCCAUCACCAUGGCCCGUGGCGAUGUUGGCGCCGUCGUCGGCACUAUCCGCUACUACGGCGGUUGGGCCGACAAGAUCGAGGGCAAGACCAUUGAUAUCUCCCCCGACUCCUUCCACUACACCAGGCAAGAGCCUCUCGGUGUUUGCGGUCAGAUCAUCCCCUGGAACUUCCCUCUCCUCAUGCUUGCCUGGAAGGUCGGCCCCGCCCUGGCCACCGGUAACACUAUCGUCAUGAAGACCGCUGAACAGACGCCUCUCUCUGCUCUCGUCUUUGCUCAGUUCGUCAAGGAGGCCGGUUUCCCUCCUGGCGUUCUCAACAUCAUCUCUGGUUUCGGCAGAAUUGCUGGUGCCGCCAUCGCCUCCCACAUGGACAUUGACAAGGUUGCCUUCACCGGCUCUACCAUGGUCGGCCGCCAAAUCAUGAAGGCUGCCGCCGAGUCCAACCUGAAGAAGGUUACCCUCGAGCUUGGUGGCAAGUCCCCCAACAUUAUCUUCAACGACGCCGAUAUCGACCAGGCCAUUGAUUGGGUCAACUUCGGUAUCUACUUUAACCACGGCCAGACCUGCUGCGCUGGUUCUCGUGUAUACGUCCAGGAGGGUAUCUAUGACAAGUUUGUGACGGCCUUCAAGCAGCGCGCCCAGCAGAACAAGGUCGGCGACCCCUUCCACGACGAGACCUUCCAGGGCCCCCAGGUCAGCCAGCUCCAGUACGACCGCAUCAUGGGUUACAUCAAGGCCGGUAAGGAGGAGGGUGCUACCGUCGAGACUGGUGGUGAGCGCCACGGUGACAAGGGCUACUUCAUCCAGCCCACCAUUUUCACCAACGUCCGUCACGACAUGAAGAUCAUGAAGGAGGAGAUCUUCGGCCCCGUCUGCGCCGUCGCCAAGUUCUCCACCGAGGAGGAAGUCAUCAAGCUCGGCAACGACUCCAACUACGGCCUUGCUGCUGCCGUCCACACCAAGGACCUCAACACUGCCAUCCGCGUCAGCAACCACCUUAGGGCUGGUACCGUUUGGGUCAACACCUACAACGCUCUUCACCACCAGCUUCCCUUCGGCGGUUACAAGGAGUCCGGUAUCGGUCGCGAACUCGGCGAGGCUGCUCUGGCCAACUACACCCAGUGCAAGUCUGUUUCUAUCAAGCUCAACUAGGCAAUCCAAGUGUAGCCGACUUUACGAGCACAAGAAUAAAGUAAAACAACAAAAAUACCAUAAUUACAGGAAGGAUGGUCAGCGACAGGAGCCGGGUCCGGUAUUAUUUUUUCCUGGUGUCUACGGAAAGGGGGACAAAACCUUGGGCCUAGGGUUGUACUACUUGACAUCUAUGAUAUCCCAUAUGAGAGCAAUGAUUUUUUAUGAACA